AUGUCUACAUUAACCUAUGAACAAAGAGCUAAAACUCAUCCAAAUAAGGUUGCUUCAAAGUUACUAAAUUUGAUGGCUGAAAAGAAAACCAACUUAUCUGGCUCCUUGGAUGUUCGUACUACUAAAGAGUUAUUACGAUUAGCAGAUAUUUUGGGUCCUUAUAUCUGUGUGCUAAAGACACAUGUUGAUAUAUUGGAUGAUUUUUCUUAUGAAGGUACUAUCAAACCGUUAAAGGAAUUAGCAGCUAAGCACAAGUUUUUAAUCUUUGAAGAUAGAAAAUUUGCUGAUAUUGGAAACACUGUAAAAUUACAGUAUUCUUCCGGUGUUUAUAAGAUUGUCGAAUGGGCAGAUAUCACUAAUGCACACGGUGUGACUGGUUCAGGAAUUGUUGCUGGGUUGAAAGCAGCUGCCGAAGAAUGCACCAAAGAACCAAGAGCACUACUAAUGUUAGCAGAAUUAUCGUCUAAGGGUUCUCUGGCUCAUGGGGAAUACACUAGAGGAACGGUUGACAUUGCCAAAUCGGAUAAAGAUUUUGUGAUUGGUUUCAUAUCUCAAAAGGACAUGGGUGGCAAAGAUGAAGGUUUUGACUGGCUAAUUAUGACGCCUGGUGUUGGUUUAGACGACAAGGGAGAUAGCUUAGGCCAGCAAUACCGUACUGUUGAUGAUGUAGUCUCUACUGGUUCUGACAUCAUUAUUGUCGGUAGAGGAUUAUUUGCCAAUGGGAGAGAUCCAAAGGUUGAAGGUGAACGUUACAGAAAGGCCGGUUGGGACGCAUACUUGAAGAGAAUUGGAAAGUAG